AUGGAGCCGUUCCCAGAGAGUAAUGAGACUGGAAUCCUUUAUCUGAAUCCUCAAACACCAAACUGCUCUCUUGUGGAGAGGUUUGCAGGGCUUUCACCAGGAGAAGAAACACCAAUCCAGGAUGAGCAAGAACACAAAGGGGCAUUGCUACGAUGCACUACAUAUACUAAGACCAAUGAAAUAUGUAAACCAAAUGACGUGCUCCUGGAUGCUGUGACACAGAAUGAAAGGAUGUUCUUGAAACAAUCCAAGAGCCAAAGUGAUGUCUCAGACCAACAGAGGACAUCUAAGCUAGAGUUAAGUAGUGAGGAAUCUUCUCCAAGCGAAGGUGAGAAUAAGACCAAACAUCUGAAUGUAAAUAGUCCUUCACUUAUGAAAUUGCUUAAAAAGUGUAAAGACGACAAAAUCCCUCGACUUUUGGUAGCAAUGAAAAAACGCAGUGGAGUUGACACUGACUCAGAGGAACGUCCAUUCAAAUGCAUGCACUGCCAAUGGGCUUUCAAGAAGCUGUGCAACCUACAGAGUCACUUACAAACGCACACAGGCCUCAAGCCGCAUGUAUGUGAUAUAUGUGGCAAGGCUUACUCUCAUCAAGGCACGCUGCAGCAACACAAGCGUCUGCACACGGGUGAAAGACCGUAUCACUGCCCCUUCUGUGUCAAAACCUAUAUCUGGUCCUCAGAUUACCGCAAGCAUAUCCGUACACACACUGGUGAAAAGCCGUACAUCUGUGACACCUGCGGCAAGGAUUUCAUCCGCUCUUCAGACCUGCGGAAGCAUGAGCGGAACAUGCACACCAAUGACAAGCCCUUCCCAUGCACGCACUGCGGCAAGACCUUCAAUAAACCCCUAGCUCUGAAGCGCCACGAGCGUAAGCACCUGGGAGAAAGACCCUUCUCCUGCCCCGACUGUGGGAAGAGGUUUGCCCUGGCCAGCCGCAUGGCAGAGCACCAGAAAAUCCACAGAGGAGUGCGUCCUUUUGUCUGCUCUGUGUGCUCCAAGUGUUUCACAAAGUCCUCCAACCUGACCGAGCAUGAAGCCAUUCACAGCGGAGUGCGGCCCCAUAAGUGCACAGAAUGUGGCGUGGCAUUUGCCAUGGCUUCCCGUCUUGUUCGUCACCAGUUCAUACAUAGUAAAGAGAAGCCCCACAACUGCAUGGGCUGCAGCAAGAAUUUUAGCCACCCAGCAAAACUGAAGCUUCAUCAGGAGCAAAACUGUGCAGGGAGGAUUUUUGUUUGCACAGAAUGUGACAAAUCUUUCCAGUGUUCCACAAAACUUGCACAGCAUGUGCAGAAACAUGGGGACAAAAGUGUCGCAGCCUGUUAA